UCAUGUCGCUCAUCGUUUCGGAUCAAACGAAGAAGAAAGCUAUUGGAAUCGAAGCAGGAAGAGAUCCGGUUUGGAGAUGCGAUCACGUUCGCUGAAACCCUGAAUUUUCCAAUUUGGGGAAAGAACGAUCGGUUGGAGUUUGAAUUUAACAGUAAAAUUUUCAAAAUGACAGGAGAAGCGUAAAUUUACAAAAUGACAGCCGAUCUACAUUAACCCAAUAAUUACUUUUUGGUGUGUUGGCAACUGUGAAUGUAUCAUCUCUACUGCUCAUCUCAAUUCCUUUUUACUGUUUUGUAGAAAAAUUAUCCACAAUUUUUUUUUUUUUUUGAAUAAUACUAAGAUUUAAUAUCAUGAGUGUGAUUGGAAAAAAUGGAGUAAAUGAGAGGGAAAUAAAAAGGUGAAAAUAAGUGGGAAAAUGAAAAUGGAAGAGAGAGUAAAAUAGAGUAAACAUAUUUACUCUUGCUUAAGAUGGAGUAAAUUUAUUUGUGUGUUUUAAAUUCUGUUGAAAUAUAUGUGGUGCUGGUUUUAUAAUUCAUAAAUCAUAAUUCAAACUAUAUAUUAUUUAAUAAUAUUAAUUUAUUAGUAAGUUUGAUUGGACAAUAAAUUUUAGUAGAUUGGAACUAAUUUCUUUAUUAAAAAUUUCAAAUCCGAGUUAAACAUAAAUAUUUAAUAAAAUUAAGCAAACUACGUAUAGUAGUUUUGAAAAUUAUAUAUUUUUUGAAUUUAUAAAUUAUGUAAAUUUUGAAUCAAUUAAAAUAAAUAAACAAAUAAGUAUUUUUGACUACUGAUCAUUCUUACACUUCUUUUUCUUUUUUGAGCAAAUCAUACACUUCUAAUUUGGCGAUAUUUCUUUAUCACCUCGUUACUUCGUUCCAUUUAGUACCAUCUAGAGUCUUAACGAAUAGUCAAUGACAAGAAAUAUAGUAUACAAAUCUUUUUGUUUUAUUACUGAUGUCAUGCUCCAAUUCACAAAUUUAUAAAAGAAGUGAGGCAAGUUUUCAUAUUUUCUCGAACCACUAAUAUUCAGCAGAUAACACAUCCUGGUCCAACAUUAACCAACCCCCUCUCUCUCAUUUGUUCUCGAAUUUCAGUCUUCAAAAAUAUUUUUUUUCUUUCAAUCUUAUAAGUUCUUUCCGUAGUUCUUUCCAUCAAAGAUUUAGUUUGAUCCACAUGGGCUCAAACUUGUGCUGCUCUCGCCAUCCAGAUACCUAUGAAAGUACCACGGGCAACAACGGUGACCGUAGCUUGCCAACAGGCGAUGACAAAUUUCUAUCGGACGCAAGCACGUUCUCCGUGAAGGAGCAAGAGAGUCAGCUUAAGGCAGCGAGAUUGGAGGAGCAAAGGCUUGGCCGUGAAGCAGAGAAAGUCAACUCAUGGGUCAAACAUGAAUCAGCCAGGUUCGACCACCUUCCAUAGCUGACCAUUGUUUUGACCAAGCUUUCCUAGCUAUAUUCUUGUAAAACUGUCAAAAGGCUCAUGUAUAGAGUAUAGAUACGAACCACGAACUAAUACAAUAUAUAUACUUUUUUUGGUUUACAACCACAAGAAACACAAAGUGUAUUGCUUCUUACAGAAGACAUGAUA